AUGGCUCGAGAGAACGGAGAGUCCGGGCAAGACUCUUGGAAAAAGCAAGUCGACGAUAUCAAGACUAUAUUUGAAUUCAAGGAGGUUCUCGGGACGGGAGCGUUCUCCGAGGUGGUGUUGGCUCAGGAGCGGGCAACAGGGAAGAUGUUUGCCGUGAAAUGCAUACCUAAGAAAGCCCUGAAGGGGAAAGAGAGUAGCAUUGAAAACGAGAUUGCUGUACUCCGCAAAAUUAAGCAUGAGAAUAUCGUGGCCCUUGAAGACAUCUAUGAGAGUUCAAACCACCUCUACCUGAUCAUGCAACUUGUGUCUGGAGGAGAAUUGUUUGACCGUAUUGUAGAGAAAGGAUUUUACACAGAGAAAGAUGCCAGUACACUCAUCAGACAAGUCCUGGACGCAGUCAACUACCUCCACAAAAUGGGCAUAGUGCACAGAGACCUGAAGCCAGAGAACCUGCUGUAUUUUAACCCUCAGGAUGGCUCUAAAAUCAUGAUCAGUGAUUUUGGCCUGUCGAAGAUGGAGGGCACCGGUGACGUGAUGUCCACAGCCUGUGGCACACCUGGAUACGUGGCUCCAGAGGUGCUUGCUCAGAAACCGUACAGUAAAGCAGUGGACUGCUGGUCUAUUGGAGUCAUCGCCUACAUCCUGUUGUGUGGUUACCCUCCAUUCUAUGAUGAAAAUGAUUCCAAGCUGUUUGAGCAGAUUCUCAAAGCAGAUUAUGAGUUUGAUGCACCUUACUGGGAUGACAUAUCUGACUCAGCAAAGGACUUUAUCAGUUGUUUGAUGGAGAAGGAUCCUGCGAAGCGGUAUACCUGUGAACAAGCCCUGCGGCACCCUUGGAUUGCUGGAGACACUGCCCUCUGCAAAAACAUCCAUGAGUCCGUUAGCCGUCAAAUGCGUAAAAACUUUGCAAAAAGCAAAUGGAGGCAAGCCUUUAACGCCACAGCAGUGGUCAGGCACAUGAGGAGGCUCCAACUGGGCAGCAGUAUGGGCAGCAGCAUGGGCAGCAGUAUGGACGGGGCUCCGCCCUCCAGCGCCAACCAGAACCGAGGCCAGGCAUCAAGUCAAACAGCAAACCAAACAGCAAACCAAACGUCCAUUGCCAUGGCAACAGCAAGCCAAACCCAGAAGACAGUGCAAACCCAGAAUUCGGCACAUAUCAAGAGCAUGUCUACAGAAUCCACCUCCAUAACACGCAAAGACUGUCCAGCCCCUCCCCACACCUCCUGCUCUCUUGCAUCAGCAGCUUCGUCCACAACUGGCGGUGCAGAGCCCUGCAGACCACACUCAUCCUCAGUUGCCACGGUGAGCACGGUGCUGACGGGGACCAAGUGA